AUGUACUGGGAAAUGAAAGAGGAUUCUCUGGCUCCAUUUAGAGCAACUCCAGAACCAGCAGGGUUAGAUUUGCAUGCCUUACAAAUGUAUAGGUUAAAACCCAGAGGCAUUCAACUGAUUGAAACAGGAAUAGGCAUUCAAAUAUCUCCUGAAAAUUUUGGUUUGACAGCACCCCGAUUGGGACUAACUUUAAAUGGUAUACAGAUUAUGGUAGGUGUCACUGAUGCUGAUUACCAAGGUGAAAUCAAAGUGAUAUUAAUAAACACUGGUGCUUCAAACUUGCUAAUACAAAAGGGGAAGAGUGGCUCAACUUCUUAUAACACCAGUGUAUGGCAGGCCUGUGGUAAAGAGAACAGCCCCCACCACUGUGACAGAGGAGAUAAGGGAUUUGGAUCCACAAACAAAAAUAAUGGUGCAAAAAUGUGGAUCCAAUCACCAAAAUUACCUGAGCCAUCUGAAGUUGUUGCAUAA